AUGGCUCGGGCUGCCCUUAGCACGAAGGGCUGCAUCCUCUCUCCGGCUGUUGCCAAGGUCCCAAGUGAGGACCCGUUCGCGGAAGCCCCGUUGCUAAGGGCAGCAUCCUUCCUCCCUCGGUUGCUAAGGGCCGCCUCCCGCCCUCGCGGAGGCUCGCCAUACCGCCCGCCCCCGUUGCCGAGCAACGUCCCCCCCUCACCGGCGUUGCCUAGGCUCCGCCGCGCAGCUUCCGGGCGCGGCGAGGUGAGCGAGGGGUCGCGACUUCCGGCAGGAGGCGGAGGGAGGAGGCGGCGGCCCCGGCCCGGCGGGAAGAUGGCGGCGGCGCUGGCUCCUCCCGCCCCGGCCCCCGACGGAGGCCUGGCCCCGCCGCAGCCGCCGCUGCACGAGAUCAAGAGCCAGUUCCGGACCCGCGAGGGCUCCUACCGGCUGCUGGGCGGGCCCGAGCCCCGCGCUCGCCCCGCCCCGCCGGGGGCCGCCGCCGGAGCCCCCUCCUCGGCCGCCGCCGCCCUGCCCAGCGCCGCCGCCGCCGCCGCCUCGGCCGCCGCCCCGUCGCUGCCGCCCGCCGCGCCCCCCGGCGGAGCCCCCGCGCCGCCCGCCCCGUCGCUGCCGCCCGUGCGCCUCUCGCUGGUGCGGCUGGGCUCGGCGGGGGUGAUGGGCGGCGGCGGCGGCGGGGGCGGCGACCCGUGUGGGGACGGCGACCCGGGGGCCCUCGCCGCCGAGCGCAGCCGCGUCUGCUUCAACCUGGGCCGGGAGCUGUACUUCUACUCGGGCUCCGGGGGGGCGCCCGGGCGGGGACGCAGGUCCAUUGAUCUGAAGAAACCCGUUGACAAGCGGAUAUAUAAAGGGACGCAGCCCACUUGCCAUGACUUCAACCAGUUCACAGCUGCUUCGGAAAGCAUUUCGCUGCUAGUUGGAUUCUCAGCAGGGCAAGUGCAGUAUCUGGAUCUCAUCAAGAAAGACACCAGCAAGCUGUUUAAUGAGGAGAGGCUGAUUGACAAGACCAAGGUGACCUUUGUGAAAUGGAUCCCUGAGACGGAGUCUCUCUUCCUGGCCUCCCAUGCCAGUGGUCACUUGUACCUGUACAACGUGGAGCACCCCUGCGGCUCCGCCUCCCCUCAGUACACUCUCCUCAAGCAAGGCGAGGGCUUCACAGUCUACGCCUGCAAGAGCAAGAGCGCCCGCAACCCGCUGCUGAAGUGGGCAGUCGGCGAAGGAGCACUGAACGAGUUUGCCUUCUCCCCCGACGGCCGCUACCUGGCUUGCGUCAGCCAAGAUGGCUGCCUGCGCGUCUUCCAUUUUGACUCCAUGCUCCUGCAAGGCAUGAUGAAGAGCUACUUCGGGGGCCUGCUGUGCGUCUGUUGGAGCCCCGACGGACGCUACAUUGUGACUGGGGGCGAGGAUGACCUGGUGACAGUCUGGUCCUUUGCUGAGGGCCGGGUCAUUGCCAGGGGCCACGGUCACAAGUCGUGGGUCAACGCCGUGGCUUUUGACCCCUUCACCACCAGCACAGAGGACGACGAGAGCGGGGAGUUCAGCGGGAGCGACGAGGACAUCCAGGACUCUACCAAUUUCGGCAGGGUGCGGACCAGCAGCACCCUGUCCCACCUCUCCAAGCACAGCACCAAAAGCACCCCCUCGGUGACCUACCGCUUUGGGUCUGCCGGGCAGGACACCCAGUUCUGCCUUUGGGACCUAACGGAGGACGUCCUGUACCCUCACCAUCCGCUCUCCCGGGCCCGAACGCUCACCAACACCUUCAGCGCUGGCAUCCCCCCGUCCGGGAGCGGCGGGAGCAACCUGGCUGCCGAAUCGGGCGGGGGCGUCCUCCCUCGCUCGCUGUCGCGCUCCAAUAGCCUGCCCCACCCGGCCGUCACCAGCGCCACCAAGAGCCACGUGGCCGACGGCGCGGUGCCCUUCAGCAUCGGCAAGUUUGCCACCCUCACCCUGCAGGAGCGGAAGGACAAGAAUGCCGAGAAAGAGCACAAGCGCUACCACAGCUUGGGCAAUAUCAGCAAGAGCAACGACAAGCUCAACGUGGUGCCCAAAAGCAAGCUGGAUACCGCCAAGGUCCUGGGCACGGCCCUGUGCCCCCGCAUCAACGAGGUCCCCCUCCUGGAGCCCCUCGUCUGCAAGAAGAUCGCCCACGAGAGGCUGACGGUGUUGCUCUUCCUGGAGGACUGUAUCAUUACCGCCUGCCAGGAAGGUCUCAUCUGCACGUGGGCCAGGCCGGGGAAAGCAACCCUGAACUCCCAGAACGGUGGCUCUCCAAGUGGCACAGUAGUAUAACCCGGCGUAAAAUCUCAGUCGGCUGAUCUCCCAGCAGGUACCGCUGGUUCCGGGCCCAGCCGAGGCCCUUGGGCCAAGACGACGAAGCUCUCUGGCUCUUCAGUAUCUGCUGUAUGUACAGGUUGUUCCCUCCUCUCCCCCUCGCCUACGACACUAACUGUAUGGAAAGAGAGACACUAACAGAGUUAAUUAAUAUAUUGAGACCUAUGUAGCACAGGACCCUUUGCACUUCUCAACUAUUUAAGAGUAUUAAGUAAUGAACCCUAUUUAAAGCUAAGAUUUUAGCACAGGCCGCUGAAGGGGCAGAUUUUGCACAAGGGUGAACUGAGCUGCCCUCCCCACCCCCUCCCCUCCCCUCCGUCUCCCAAGCAGGGAUUCCUAACUGCCUUUCAGCUGCGCUGCCCUGGACUUGGCUGAAUCUGUCUUGAUCUUCAUCUACACCCAGACCAGUUUCUAGAAGAAAGCGUAAGGAAUCCCGUUUGCACAGGGGAAAUGACACCCCCCCCCCCUUCCAUUUACAAAGGCGCCUCUGCCUUUCGGUUUUCUUUUCCCUCCAGUUUUUAAAGUCUAUUUUAGUCCCACUUUUGUGUGUGUUUUGCACAAAAUGUACCAGUUCUUCGGCUUACUUGAAGAAACAGCCAGGAGACAGUCUCAUCAGUCAUAACAGCGGAACACCACUCCCCCCCUCACUGCAACCAAUUGAUCCCCAGAGAGAUGUUGCUGACUGUUCAAGUUCCAGCAAGGCACUGCCCGGGAGCUCCUGCCAUCCUUCCACCAACGUUGUUUCUCGGUGUCGGGGUCCAGACAAGCUGCCCGCCUGCUCUGUUCUCCCCCAUCCUCACAGCUUCAUCCGAAUCACUUCUCUGCAGUUUUCGCACAAGCAAAACGGCCCUUUCUUUGAACUGGUUGGUCUUGUACUUGAAGGCGGUUUGCCGGCGGCGGUUUCUUCCGUUUGCCGGCCCUGUUCUGCCAAGGAUCUGCUUCUGGACUGGAUCUCGUUACCUUGACGGCCCCCGACCCAUUUUCCCCAUGGCUUUUUCUUUUCUUUUCUACCCUCCAGAUUGAUUUAUUCGCUUGCGUUUUGGAGACUCCAGCAUUUGCUGUGUCUGCUUGCACAGACGCGUUCAUGCAAAAUUUUAAAUAGCCAGUUGUCUUAACAUUGAAGCUGAGCUGGAAACCCUGAUGCCAUUUCAGCCACUCGGAGACCAAGGUAUCAAAUCCUUGGCUGUAGUUCAAAAUACAGGAGCGACAGAUGGCCUCCUUUAAAAAAACACACACACACAAAAAAGUAUGCAGGUGCUAGUGGAAGACUUUUCACAGUAAGGAAGAAGCUUUUAUGUUGAAGUGAAGCUACUUGUGUGGUCUAGGUAGCCCACCUCUCCAGAGAGACGAUUUCGGCUGCCCUGUUUAGGCACAGUAGUUUUCCUCCCGUAGAUGCAGCUGGUGGUUACUGGUAGCAAGCAGUAAAUACUUAGAAUUGAGUGCAGUCUAAUGACAUGGGGUGCCCGUGCAUGAGCAGGAGGAAGUGACCAUGCUGCCUCCUACGCACUCACUUUUGCUCAACAACCUACGAUCAGCCCGUUCUUAGAUCGUUCAACGUGACGUGUGAACCCGCAGGGCUGGGUUGUGUAGGGACUAAGCAGCCCAGUAGUUAACCCAUGGUUUGUUGUUGAGUUAACCGCUGGGUUCUUUACCCGCUAAACAAUCCCAGUGCUCUAAGUUUGCAGAUAAUGCUCUUCAACCUAUGGCUGGCCUGAUUGUAGGUUAUUAAUUGAAAGUCGAAGGGGCUGGCGUCCUGCCUGCUCCCUUCCGCUUGUUGCUGACAGCCCGUGGUUUCUUUAACCCGUGCGCUGUCGUUACAUGUGAACUGCGCCGAUGCAGAGCGUAUUUAUACCUUGCCCUUUGGCGUCUGCAGUGCAGCAGGCACAUUUCGGCACCUGUUGACUUGGUAGCUGACUGACAGCAUGCCGGGUUCAUGUGUGUUUGGACGCACGUGCCUUUGGGAGCUUGUGUCCCUUUAGGGGCAGGUUUUGGACAGCUUAAUGUCAGCCUUCAGAAACUGAUUUCCUUAGGAACUGGGUCAUUCUUUCGCAUGAUGGGGUGUACAGCAACAGCUGGUGUGAAAACUGAUUCGAGGCAAACAACAUCUUUUUAAAACUUGUAUGCAAUCCAAUCUGUGGCCAUUUAAAACGUCCCAAAUGUGUUUUGAGCCUACUGACGCUUUAGGGCAGCCUUCCUCAACCU